AGUAUCGUCGGUACCAUAUCGGAGGUAUUUCUGUCGCUCGAUGCGAUUGCUGCCACCUAUGCAAAACUUAUUUUGUUUUUGUUCGCCAUUUGUUUAUAAUAAAUAGUGUGUGAUUGUUGUUAACUCUUAACAAAAAUCCUUUAAUUUUAGUUGUUCUUACGACCACGAGAAUGAGGGCCCCAGAGAUGAACAACUGCUGCGGGUUCAGCCUCAAACACGGAACCAUUAUCAUCGGCGUGGUCCAGAGCAUCUUUGCCUUCAUGUGUUUGAUUCUAAGUUCCGCCUACGCACACAACUCCCACGAACUGAUAGAACUCUCCGAUCCAUCCAUCAUCCCUAGAAUGGAAGUUUUGCGAGUGUUUUUGAUAAUCGUGGGCGUGGCCAGCGCCUUACAAUGUGUGUUCUCCAUCUUCUUGAUAUUCGGAGCUGAGACUAAUCGUCCGGUAUUGCUCUUGCCCUGGCUGGGUUUAAAUCCAGCAACGUUGGCCGUGUACAUCGUUGCCACGUUGAUCGCCAUAGUGCAUCAUACCGCCGACGACAACACACCAUUUGUUGUUGGACACGUCUUGAUCAGUACUGUCGUCACGCUGGUGGUCAUCUACAAUAUACUGACAGUCUACAGUUUCUACAAGCAUCUGCGUAAGCUCAAUUUUUAGAUGGCUAACCAUUAUUAAAAAUAAUUUGCACUAAACCAUGCUUCACAAAUUCGUAUUCAUAAAAGGCAAGCAUUUGUGCCUUGGUGGCGGAUUAGAGUGUAAAUAAAAUAAGUAUUUUAUA